ACAAGCGUGAAACCCACUCUGAUAAAAUCUCCUUCUUUUUCAUUCUGUUUUUGAGGAUAGUGAGUCUUUCUUUCUUUCUUUCAAUCCCUUUUUAGAGAGAAAGAGAAAGAGAUAGAGAGGUAUGGUUUGUGUGAGAAUGAGGUCCACUUUUCUUUUCUCUUAUGCAUGAUGAACAAGACAGUACUCCAGCUGCUUCUUCUAGGAAGAAGAUGGCAAUACAACUAUAUGAGCAUUCUCAGACAGAACAGCAGGCCCAAUCUUUCUUGUGCGACACUCUGUAUUGUGAAGAAGAAGGGAAAUGGGAGGAAGAAGAAGGAGAAGGUGUAAAUGUAAAUGUAAUAGUAGAGGGAGAAAAAGAUCUAUCCUCCUCUGUUUCGCAACAUGAUUUGUUUUGGGAAGAUGAAGAGCUUGUCUAUCUCUUCUCAAAAGAGGUGGAGACUGACCACAUCAAUAAUGGUUCGGACCCAGAUUUCAUUCUUGGACGAGGAGAAGCUAUUGAAUGGAUUCUUAAAGUAGUUGGUCAUUAUGGAUUUACACCACUUACUACCAUUCUCUCCAUUAAUUAUCUAAAUAGGUUUCUUCUGGGCCUCCAGUUUCAAAGAGAGGAGAACCCAUGGAUGACGCAGCUUGUUGCUGUAGCUUGCCUUUCUCUAGCUGCAAAAGUUGAAGAGACCCAAGUGCCAUUUCUCUUAGAUCUCCAGGUGGGAGAUGCAGAGUUCUUAUUUGAUGCGAAAACUGUGCUGAAAAUGGAGCUUUUGGUUCUGUCCACUCUUCAAUGGAGGAUGAAUCCCGUGACUCCAUUCUCUUUUCUUGAUCACAUAAUGAGGAGAUUGUGGUUGCAGAAUGGUCUACAAUGGGAUUUUCGCAGACGAUGCGAGCGCCUUCUUGUCUCCGUUGUUUCUGAUUGGAAAUCUUUGAGUUAUAAGCCAUCUGUAUUGGCUGCUGCGACAAUGCUAGAGGUUAUUCAUGAUCAAUUUGAGCCGUGGAAGGCAGUUGAAUAUCAAGAACAGCUUCUGGCCGGUGUUCUCAAGAUCAGCCAGGAUGAAGUGAAUGAUUGUUGGGAGUUGAUAAGGACAAUAUUGCAGUCAAACUUGUUGCAGAAGAAGCGGAAGCAUGAUUAUGAAGAACAACAAGAACAUAUAGUACUACCAGCAAGCCCAAAUGGGGUAAUUGAUGCAGCUGUUGUAACUUGUGAUGAUAACUCUAAUGAUUCAUGGGAAGCAGUUGUUGAUUCAUCAUCAUCAUCAGUUCCAUUCGUUAAGAAGAGAAAGAACAAGUAAUUAAGGAAUCAAUCUCAAUUUAAUUAAUCUCUCUGUCUGUCUGAACAAUGGAAAACUCUCUAGGUAGUUGUUUGAGAAGCUUAAUUAUUAUUAUUAUUAUGAUGAUUAUGGUUAUGAUUAAUGUUAUUAUGGCGCACGAGUUGUUCAAUCAUCCAGUCUGUUCAGUUUGGCAUACAGAAA